AUGUUUGCCGUCCGAGAAGCGGCGGCGAUGCUCUGCGGUGGUAUCACGACGUACGCACCGCUUAAGAGGCAUAGCGCGGGUCCCAUGGGCCGUCGGCUUGGCGCGGACGUGACGGCAACCUCGUCCUCGAAACGCAAGGAGGCGCUCUGCAAGGACGUGCUCGGUGCGCACGGCUAUCUCGACAUGUCGGACGCUGCCGACGUCGCAGCGAACUAUCACUGGUUUGAAAUGCUCUUGCUUGUUCGGACGAACGGCAAGCUCGUGCCAGUGGCCGUCCCCGAGACACCGCUGUCGUUCUACGCCUUCUCCAUCAUCAUGCGCCAGAUCAAUGUCGUGGGCUCGGCGAUCGGGUCACCGGACAUGAUCCAGGAGACACUGCAGUUUGUGCAGAAGAACGAGCGCGCUGCAAAAGGUGCACAAGGGUGGUGCGCGCUUCCGCAUCGUCUUGGCAAACGAAACGACUAA